UAUUAAGACAAAAGGGAUAUUUAAACAUGGACACAUUAAUAAAAGAUGUAUAUGAUGUAUUAACUAAUAAAACUGAAAAUGAAUUACCUGCACAAGAUAAACUCGUUAAAUAUCAGAAUACAUAUAGAUUGGAAUCGAAAAAUCCAUUCAAUGAAAACCAGGCUUUGACCGUUAUAAAAAAUGAAACAAAAAAAUAUUUGAAUAACGAAACUAGAUAUAAUCCAGAUGAAGCAACAAGAAUUGCUGCAGCUAUGUCACUUAGUAUUAGAGAUGGUAUUUAUGACUUGGAUUUUGAAAGAUAUAAAAUUGUUUGCAUAGUUGAAGUUGGAGAGAAAAAAGAUCAAGGAAUAAUGUCUAUCGCUAGAUUUUUACGAGACUUCAAUAAAGAUAAAUAUGUUUAUAGCAAUUUUGAAAAUCAUCAUUUGUUUGCAACUAUUAUGGUGGGAGCAUUUUAUUAUGAAUAAAUUCAGUAUGAUUAUACUAUUUUUAGUAUACAUCAAACUAAUAUCAAAAUCUUUUGAGAAAAAAGAAAUAUUUAAUACAAAAAUAUUUUAAAAGAUACUUUAACACUUAUUUAAUACAAAUUAUUAAUUGAUAUCAAAUUACCUGGCAUUGA